GCGCCAUUGUCUUAUUGUCUAGCGUAAAUUUAAACUUCGUGAAUCGUGAUUCAUAAACAGCAUGAUAUGUGAGGAAGAAAGCAGAUUUUAUGGCUGCUAUUUAUUGUACAGUCUAAAUCCGAAGUACAAAGGAAGAACAUACAUUGGGUUUACGGUUGAUCCAAACCGAAGGAUACGACAACAUAACGGUGGAAUCGAAAAGGGGGGAGCGCACAAAACCAGCAAACGAGGACCUUGGGAGAUGAUCCUCACAAUUCACGGUUUUCCCAAUGAAAUUUCCGCUUUGCGAUUUGAAUGGGCUUGGCAGCAUCCCAUGAAAAGUAGACGAUUGAAGCACGUGGUUGAAAAGAAAAAAUCGUCUGAAAAGAGUGUGCAAUUUUGUUUUCGUGUUCUCACAGAAAUGUUGCGCGUAGGGCCCUGGAACCGACUACCAUUAACGAUACGUUGGCUGAAAGACGAAUAUAUGAUGGACUUUGAUACGUUGAAGCAACCUCCAAUACAUAUGCCUAUAGUAUAUGGGUCCAUUCCAAGUUGGAAGAAACCAAAAUCAGCAGACAUUGCGCGCGAAGAGGAGCUUGAAACGAAAACUUGUUGUAUAUGCAAAGAUUUGCUAACUAAUAAAGAGGACGUUUUGCGAUGUCUUCACUCUGACUGUGAUAUGUUAUCUCACAUUCGAUGUCUUGCACAAACGUUUCUCACCGCAAGAGGAGAGGAUGAGAACUUUUGCAUUCCUUUGGAAGGCGAUUGUCCCAGUUGUGGACAAAAUCUACUAUGGGGUCAAAUAAUAAGACAUCAGGAUCAGUUAAAGAAUAAAAAACAAAAUAUAUGAUAGGCUAUUGUGUUGAAUGAUGCCUUUAUCUAACAACGAUGC